AUGGCACCUAGCAUAAGGGAUUUUCUCAAUUUCCAGUUGAAGCAGAUGCAGAAACAUGGGCCUGAAGCUGCUGGUGAUCAAUUAUGGACCAAUUUAAAACAAAUGUUGAAAGCAAUUCCUGGUUACUUGGAAGUUGAAGAUAGUACUCUGCAGGCCUGGUGUAGUAAGGAGACCGCAAGAAGUACGGUGGAAGGAUUUCAGGAGAAACAAUGGGAUCCAACAUUAUGUAAAAUGUUAAGUAAGUUAAUCCUUUGGAUGAAUGGUCGAAAUCAGAAUGGUGAGAAGCAACAAAUGGGGAUGGGAACAAGUGAAGGAGAAGAUAUGGAACUCAUGUUUCGGUGUAUUGCAGGAAAUGUAGUAAUUUGGGCUAUGUUUGGCAAUCAUUGUUUAUUGAAAAUGAUGUUGGAAUAUACAGCGCAGGCAGUGGAUGCAAUAUUGUUAGCGUUUUUUAAACAGGGGGAAGAUAGAAAAUGUGGUCAUCACGAUUUUAGUCAAAUAAGAAUCGGUGCACAAUUAUUAGGUACCUUAGUAAAAGGGUGGGUGGACGAAAAUAAAAAAAAUUUAAGUGGUUACAGCACUGUUAAGGAUUGGGAAGAUAAAGUAUGCCAAGGGAAUAGUAAUAAAAUAAUUCCCGGAAGUGGAGUGAAUGGGGAAAAAAGUAAAAUGAAGGAGAUAACUGGAUAUGGGCAGAAGGAAAUGCAAGAAAUAAAAGAAGUAGUUGAAAAUGAAGAAUUUCUAACGGAAAGUAGCGCAAAAGAACUAAUAGGGAAAGUAAAGAAUGAUGAGUUAAACGACGAUACAGACCUAGGGAAUGUGGUUCAGCAGAAGGUUAAGGAGGACCAGCAGAAGAAAGCGGCACUAGCAGCAAGUAAAGCAGGGGUCCAACUGGACAAGGGGGAGGAACUGAACAACGGGGUUAACCGGAGACCCGAGGUUAAGCUGGAUAAAGGGAACAAACCGGACAAUGGGGAAAGGAAACUGGACAAGGGGGGAAAGAACCUGGACAAGGGGGGAAAGAACCUGGACAAGGGGGGAAAGUACCUGGACAAGGGAUCUGACCGGACAAGAAGGAAUGGGACAUCCCGCAAGGACUGCAGUAAGGAAACUGACUUAUGUGUUCGCGCAAAAUGUGUAACAACACAAUGGGGAGAAAAUAGAGUGUAUGGAGGAAGUACUCCCUGGAAUCUCUUCUGGGUUUCUGACGUCAAGAGGAGAUUGGACCCACUGUCCAUUGCUAUGACCAAUAAAACUAAAGAGGACCAUGAGCUAUGCAAGGAACUUGAGAAGAAAGGUGGCACAACUUCAGAAGCAAACAAAAAAGCAUGUAAUUUUAUUGUUAGGGGUUUAGAACAUAUAUAUAAAAUUGAAAAAGGGAAGGUACAGGAGAAUGACAGGAAAGACCCAAAUAGAGAGGCACAGAAAAAGAAGGAACAUGCUGAUAACCAAAUAUUCCAUCGAACUAUGUCCUGCGUCUUAUUAAAUGCAUUUGCGGACAAAUUGAUAGAGAGAACAAAUGGACACAUGUGUCCUAUCACAGAGGAAAUAAUACAAGAAAUGUUUAAGGAAGGAAAUAGGAAGAGCGCUGAAUGGUGUAGGGGUAAGAAUAAGGAAGAUGAAGACAUGAAUUGUGAAGUGUGUGAAAGGAAGCCCAACUUAACUUGCCAAAUAGGCGAUAAGAACGAAUACAAUGUGAAGAACGAAGUGGAUAAUCUGUUCAAUGGGGAGCAUGGUACCAACAUACAAAAAACUCUGACUGAUAUAAAUUCUAUAAAUAAUACCUUAUGUGCUCGUGCACAAUGUGUAACAACCAAAUGGUUUAAAAACAGAAUAAAUGCUGCCAAGGAUAAACAAGACUGGUGUACAUUUUGGGGGGAGCAGGACGUUGGAAAAGUAUUGAAAGAUCUGUCUACUGCUAUGAAGAAUGGAAAAACAGUGAAUAACAACCUGUGUGAGGGUAUUAAAGUGACAAAUGGUACACCUUCCGAAGCAAACAAAAAAGCAUGUAAUUUUAUUGUUAGGGGUUUGGAAGACAUAUAUAAGAAGGAGCCAUAUGGGCAUUGGACGCACAAAGUUGAUGAGGAAAAAAACAAGGACAACCAACAAUUUUAUCGUACUGUGGGAUGCAUCAUCUUGAACUUAUACGCAGAUAAAUUGGAAAAACAGCCUUGUAUAAGCAAAGAAGUAAUAGAUCAGGCCUUUGGUUUAAGUGACCAAAUUAAGAAAGGAACUCUAUGUAAUAAUGAUCCUAAUUGCGUUGAAUGUACAAGAGAGAAGAGCUAUUCAACGUGCACACUAAGCGUGAAGACAGACCUGUUGGAUGAAAGAAAAAGUCAAAAAUGCGAAGAAGACAGAAAAAAUAUAAGGAAUAAAUUGGAUAGGAUGCUCAACGACAAUCAGCACAUAAAAACAACUCUCACUACCAUAAAUAAUGCAAGUACUUUAUGUCAAGGAGCACAAUGUGUAACGAAGAAAUGGUCAAAGAAUAGGAGCGGCAAACCUGAAAGUGAAGCUUGGGAGGAUGUAAAGGGUUAUGUAGGAGGACUCUCUGGGGACAUAAUUACGAAUGAAUCAAUUGUGGGUAGUUACUGUAAUAUUAUUAAAGGGCAAGAUAGUAAAAUAGUCACGGACACAGAGAAAAAAGCAUGCCGACUCAUAGGUGCAGGUUUAAAGCAUAUUUAUGAAAUAAAAGCAGAUGUAGGGAAUAAUACUCCCGAUGAGAAAAGAAAGGCUGAAGAUGACCGGUUAUUUAAGCAAACCAUGUUAUGCCUCCUCCUAAAUGCCUAUGCGGAUAAGUUGGAACGGGAGGUUAAAGCCCCCUGUAAGGUCGAUGAGCAAACAAUAGCACAAGCAUUUGAAAAAGGAAAUGAAAAUAAGGAUAAUUGGUGUGUGGAAAAGAAGAAGGGUGGUGAUUGUGUUGAAUGUAAAAGAGAACCUAAUCUAAAGUGUACAAUAGGUGCAGAGAAAGUGGAGGAAAAGUUGAAACCAAUGCUCGACACAAAUGACAAAAUAACAAAAACUGUAACUACUAUGAGUACUCUAAGUAGUAACUUAUGUCAACGUUCACAAUGUGUAAUAUCACAAUGGACCAGGGACAAAAGGGAAGAGGAAAAGGGAAAAACGAAGGUCGGGGAGAAGGUCAAAGAAAUUUGGGAGACGCACAUUUGGGAUGGUAUGAAGGGAAAGAUCGACCCACUUGCCGAGGCCAUAUCUAAGGAAGACCUCAGUAUGCAGAGUUAUUGCAAUGACGUUGACGAAGGAGCAAAGAAAGCAGCAUGCAAACAAAUUGUCAGUGGACUGAUGCAUGUAUACAAAACUCAAGUGGAACAAAGCAGUGAAACAAGUGCAAAGGGAAAUAAUAAAAUAUUCCAUCAAACUAUGAAAUGCGCCUUCCUGAAUGUUUAUGCAGAUACAUUAAAGGAGCUUCCGUGUAAACCAGAGGAAGGCGUAAAUAAGGCAUUUGAUGCCAGUGGAACAAUUAUGGGAACUGCGUGCUCAGGUGGUGAUUGUGAGGUGUGUAAAAUGGAACCCGACCUAAAUUGCACAGGGGGCCGGAAGAAAGGAAAUAUAUGGAAUACAGUAAAAGAGAAGCUCGACGGUAAUCAAAAAAUACAGAAUGCUCUAAAGAAAAUAUGCCCACCACCUGCCAAAGUUCCUGAAGUACCAAAGGCAGCGGAAACCAACGCUCACCAACCUGAAAUAGGGAGUACUAGGUCAGAUGUUACAGGUAACGACAUUGAUAUUCUGCCAACUCUUAGCACUGAUUGGAUUCCCCCUAAUGCAACACUUGAGGACGAUGAUGAUGGACUUCCAACCCACACGGAACCAUUGGGCAGCCCCCAACUUUACAACCUGCUUCAACAGGUGACCAAAACCCUACUUCCCCUAGUCCAGGCAUCACUGAACCUACUCAACCCACACCUCAAGCAGGAGCAGUUUUACAACCUUCUGGGGAACAAACUCAACCCACUCAUCAUUCUCAAAGUUCUUCUGGACCCGGUAGUACAGGAAGCUGGAAUCCUGGUUCUUCUGGUCCUGGUGUGGUUGGUGUCCCUGGAGCAGGUAUCCCUGUGGUCCCAGGUGCAGGUGUUCCAGGGGCUGUUAGUCCUGCUGGUGAUAGUGUAUUUUGCACUAGGUAAAAAACGACGACGUCAUAGAAGAGAGGAACAGUUAACCUCUCCCCCCUUACAAGAACAACUCCUUUCUCAUGUGGACGACCACCUUGGUCAACAUGAAUAUACCUUAAUAAAGGAACGAAAACAACCAAGAUAUGUUCCAAAGGGUAGGAAAAGGGAAGAUCCCCGCCGCCGUGUGGCUCACCGCACGAUUAUUGAUAUUCAUUUAGAAGUCUUAGACGAAUAUCAAAGGGGGGACAAACAAUUGGCCCAGAAGGACUUUUUUGAAAUUUUGGUUCAAGAAUUUAUGGGAAGUGAGUUUAUAAAAGAAGAAAAUGUUCCUAAGGAAAAUGUUUCUAAGGAACAGGUUCCAAGUUUAGAUUACGGGUUUAGGGUUGAUGUUCCUAAAGAAAAUGUUCCUAAGGAAAUGAUUCCUGAGGAAGUUAUCCCUAAGGAACAGGUUCUAAGUUCAGAUUUUGGGUUUAGGGACGAAGAAAGGUGUUCCUAG